AUGGCAGCAAACAUGGUGAACACGAUCCUGGAAAAGCUCCAUCUGACGUCUGCGGACCAAGGAGCCCCCGCCCAAGAGCCCAGCGCCGAAGACCUCAAAGCACUCCGAGAGAAGUACGAGAAGGCCAAACAAGAACAUGUGUUCGCCUUCUACGACAGCCUCGACACAGAAGGCAAAGCUGCACUGUUCGCACAACUCUCCUCCAUAGACCCAGAUCGCAUCAAUGUCCUCGCAGACAAGGCGCUCAACCCCCCCAAACCGUCCGCGGAAGAGCAACAACCCUCUAUUGAACCACUUCCCUCCUCGGCAUGUGCUUCCCUGCUGGAUGCCACGCAAGAACAGAAGGACGAAUGGUACAACUCCGGCCUAGGCCAUAUUGCAGAGAACAAAGUCGCGGUGGUCCUCAUGGCAGGCGGGCAGGGCACAAGACUGGGAAGUUCAGACCCCAAGGGCUGUUUCGACAUUGGUCUACCCAGCCACAAGUCCCUGUUCCAGAUGCAAGCAGAACGGAUCUUGAAAGUGCAACAGCUAGCCAAGAAGCAUGCAUCGACCUCGACAGACCCCGUGGUGCCAUGGUACGUCAUGACCAGCGGGCCUACUCGUGGUCCAACCGCGAAGUUCUUCCAAGAACACGACUACUUCGGCCUCUCGAAAGAGAACGUGAUCAUCUUCGAGCAGGGCGUUCUCCCAUGCAUCUCCAACGAAGGCAAGAUCCUCAUGGAGUCCAAGUCUCGCGUCGCCGUGGCUCCGGACGGCAACGGCGGCAUCUACCAAGCGCUGAUGCUGUCCGAAGCACGCUCCGACAUGCGGAAACGCGGCAUCGAGCACGUCCACGCCUAUUGCGUCGACAACUGCCUCGUCAAGGUCGCCGACCCGGUAUUUAUUGGCUUCUCUUCCUCCAAGGACGUCGACAUCGCGACCAAGGUGGUCCGGAAACGAGCGGCCAACGAAUCCGUCGGUCUAAUCGUCCAGAAGAACGGCAAGCCCGACGUCGUGGAGUACUCGGAGAUCGACCAGUCCAUGGCUGAAGCCACCGAAGCGUCAGGCCUGCUGAAAUUCCGCGCCGCCAACAUCGUCAACCACUACUACUCCUUCCGCUUCCUAGAGUCGAUCGAGCAGUGGGCGCACAAGCUCCCGCACCACGUCGCGAAGAAGAAGAUUCCCUAUCUGGACACCGAGACCGGCGAGUCCGUCAAGCCCGAGAAGCCCAACGGCAUCAAGCUGGAACAGUUCGUGUUCGACGUCUUCCCCUUCCUUAGCAUGGACAAGUUUGCGUGCUUGGAGGUUGACCGCAAGGAGGAGUUCUCGCCCUUGAAAAACGGCAAGGGCUCGACAGAAGACAACGCGGAGACCAGCAAGAGAGACAUCAUGGACCAGGGUGCCAGAUGGCUACGUGCCGCUGGGGCCGUCGUCGUGUCCGAAACUGACUCUGCAGGCGUCGAAGUGUCUCCUUUCAUCAGCUAUGGCGGCGAAGGACUUGAAUAUCUCAAGACCCGGGAGAUCAAAGCGCCGGCCGUCAUUGAAAGGGCCGAGAGCAAGAGCAAUGAUGACUAG